AUGAUAGAGUCAUCGUCUACUUUUAUCGCAUCCUCGAUCCCCCUACUGCACAAUGCGGUGAAAUCCAUGGUGUUCAAAUUCGCGGAGCUUCUCAUGGCUCUAUUCAUCUACAAGCUCUUCUCCCUCCUUGCCUCGCGGUCUAAUCAAUUCACAUCGUACCUUAUGUUCGCCGAAGACUACAUGCAACGCUGGCUCUUCCUCUCGUCCAGUGGCAUCUCCCGCGCCGGCUUUAUCGUUCUCCUCUUCAGCAUUCUCAGCGCGCUUGCGUCUCUCUAUGGGACCCUACUCUGGGCAUUAGAUUCUCCAGGAUACAUCUUCAGGGUAUUCAAUGUCACAGUCCCCCAGUAUGAGAGCUUGCGCAACCGGGAUUCCCCUUACAUUAUUCAGCUGUAUCUUGAUCCCAGUACCCUACAAGGGACUGAGGAAACGCUCGCACAGGCUGUGGGAUCUGAGCUUUUCAAGCCAGGCCUGAACUACACUUUGACUGGUGAAGUUCAAAGGGGAUCUCCUGAAACCACGACACCGACGCGGCACUAUGACGUCGGGGCGCGAAUCUGGCUUGAUGACGACGGCUUCUCUGUUUCACCAGAUAGUUAUGCCAUGAUACCAGAGUCCGCCGUCGCUGAUGGCCAAAAGUUUCCUGCCAACUGCAUAUACUUUGGCGGAGGCUCGGCCCUGUGGAACUGCACCUUCAACAACACGUUCUCACAAAGCAUAAUGGAAAGCAUUAUUGGGAGGCCCGAGGUACACUGGGACGACGACUCGGACCUGAAGCUCGAUUCAAGAUACGUCACCCCAAAUAGGGCCGACAACAUUUGGUUUUCUUUCGGGCGGGGUGGUGGGUCUGCGGCUAUGAUGCAGGUCUUUACAGUGACGAAGGGGACGAGACGUCAUACGUUUGUUGAGCAUGUAUCUCGCGUCACCAUGCUGACCAAUCCGGGAGUUCCAUUUGCUGCGCAUGACAUUGGAGAUUUGGUACGACGGACCUGGACCAUAAACGAGACCGACAGGAACAACCUGCUCAUUGACCAGGUUGUGGAAGAUAUCAUGGGCGCGCAGGAUCAAAAUCUCAGCUACCAUUUCGGAGUCAAUGCAGCCGAUAACGGGAAUCUCACGGUGCUUCAGUCUAGCUGGGGCUACUUGACUGUCUCACUCAGCAGUACCGGGGAAGACCUAUUUUCCCUCAUCAGCUUCGCUUCGGUCAACAUCACGCUGAUAAGAUCUGAAACUAUCGACAAACCACCAACGCCAUUUGGGAAAUGCGCCCGUGGAUCAUUCCAGAACGAGGCGUUUGGUGGAAGGAUCACCCAGACUGAUUGCGUCGGAUCUACAGCCGAUAACAACAGUAACAUGUUCUUUGGCCAGGUAGACACUGCCGCUGUUCUGAUUAUACAUGGCCUCGGCAAUGGCCGUUCCAACGUCAGCUCAGAGUCCCUUAAUGACAGCGUCAUGUCCUGGACUCGGAACAUGUCGGCCACGAUGGAAGGCCUGCUUGUCGCAAGGGGCUAUAUAGUCAGCGUCGAUCCAGCCCUGGUCAUGAUCAGUGUUGAUAAGUUGACUGUUGCUAUAUCUGGCCUGCAGCUCCUUCUAAGCAUCCUUGCUCUGGUCCUCGCGGGAGCCGCAUGGCUUGCGCUGGCUUUCUUUGCGGAUUCACACUGGUCUAACACGUUCUUAGCAAACUUGGUAUAUGCCACAUCAGAGAAGGAUGGGAAAAAGUCGAGACCUGGAUAUAUGCACGACCCUCCCAGCGUUGAAAUGAUAGCAGAUGGGGAUGAGCAUUUUAUUUCGGUCUCUGGAAAGGCAGUUGCCCUUCGAGACCGAAUUUUGGUUCAUAUGAAUUCUUUGAAUGAAGAACUGCAGGAAGAGGGGAGGCAAAAGCAGGGUUUUGGGAGGGACGUGUAUUCGUCACCGCACAACGGGAGAGACCAGGCUGAGGUAACUUGA